UAAUAAAAUAUUUUGUUCGUCUGUAUUUUAAUUCUUGAAAAAAGAAUCAAAAUUACAAAAUUUGGUACACGCUUUCGCAUUGUCAACGUCAUGGACGAGGACUUGAACUUUCUGAUAAAUGCGCUGGCCGUGCCAGAUUCGCCGCUCACCAUGGCAUACAGUUCCACCCAGCUGCAGGAGAUGCGAGAGUCCUUCAUUACGCUGCAGGAGCUGCUGCGUCACAAUCCCAUGGCUUGCGAGAGCGGUGCACCCGGCAAGGCUGGCGGCGACACAAUUAACGAGCGGCUUUUAUGUGGCUUGGUCGAGGAACUGUCUCCGGUUCGUGCCAUGAUAGACCAUCAGUUUCAGGCGAGUGGACAAAGCGUGCCCAGGUCCUGGACAUCCUUGGGCAGCAAUUACUUGAAGCAAGUCUGUUGCUGUACAUCGAUGAGCAGAUCAUCCUGCUCCACCAGGCACAGCAGUACCCAGACCCCGAGCAACUCCUGGAGCAUCAGCGCGAAUGAUGGCGAAGGCGAUUCCGAACUGUUCUACGAUGCGAGCGACGAGUUCCUGGAAAUAUUGCCUGAUUGCAGCAGCAGCGAGGAUUGUCUGGAUCUGGUGCCAUAUGUCGGCACUGAGCCAGAGUCUGAAUCUGAAUCUGAAUCUGAGCCUGAUACCGAAGUGGAGGGGUCCUUAUCGGAACAGUCGCUCAUAACAGUGACCAAAAACUCAAAGUCUUCGGUGUCUAUAUGUCUGCCCCUGCCGUUACGUUAUGUGUGUAAUACCUCGUUUGAGCUCGUGCGUUCGGACAGUGAAGUGACGCUCAAGCCCGAUGGCAGCAAUUAUACAUUGCACUAGGAGCGUCCCUUCUAUGCACUUCUCAAACCUACCUACUACUCGUAUAUGACAGAUCGAGUAAAGUGAUGUGGGACUAUACUUAGAAUUAAAUUUCCAAUGCAUAGCGUA